AUGGGAAAUAGAGCUGCCCAUCUGCUCUUGCUGCUUGUGCUGUGUUAUGAGAUCACAAUGGCAGUGGGGUUAUAUAGAGAAGAAAAGGAAGACGAGAGAGGAGAGAGGGAUGUAGAAGAGAGAGAUAAGCGAGAAGAGUGGUUCUUGUUGCAAAAUUCAAAGCGAGUGGUUAAAACUGAUGCUGGGGAUAUGAGGGUGCUGAAGAAUUAUGGUGGAAGGAUUACAGAUAGGCCUAUGCAUAUUGGGUUCAUUACUAUGGAGCCCAGAACUCUUUUUGUUCCUCAGUAUAUCGACUCCAGCUUGAUUCUCUUCAUCCGUACAGGGGAAGCCAGGGUUGGAUUGAUCUACAAGGAUGAGUUGGCAGAAAGACGAUUGAAGAUGGGAGAUAUCUACCGAAUUCCUGCCGGCUCAGCAUUCUACUUGAUGAACGCAGAGGAGGGGCAGAGACUUCACAUCAUUUGCAGCAUUGAUCCAUCUGAGAGUUUGGGAUUGGGCGCUUUCCAGUCCUUCUUCAUUGGUGGGGGAACCUAUCCGACAUCCAUUCUUGCUGGUUUUGAACUAGAAACCCUGUCAACUGCCUUCAAUGUGACAGCAGAUGAAGUGACGGAAAUGAUGACCAGGCAACAAGAGGGUCCGAUAGUUUUCAUAGGUGAUUCUAGGGCACCAAGGGCAAGCCUGUGGACAAAAUUCCCUCAAUUGAAGGAGCAAGAUAGGCUACAGCACCUAAAGAGAAUGGUGGAAUUCCAACAACCACCCAAUCAAGAAAAGGAGCAAAUGACGUGGUCAUGGAGGAAACUCUUACAUUCAAUAAUUGGACAGGAAAAUAAGAAAAAAGGUGAAAAAGCCGGCAAAUCCCCUGAUUCAUGCAAUAUCUAUGAUAGACGGCCGGACUUUAGAAACAACUAUGGAUGGAGCAUGGCCCUGGAUGAGUCUGAUUAUCCGCCUCUGCAACACUCUGGUAUCGGGGUCUAUCUAGUUAACCUCACUGCGGGAUCAAUGAUGGCACCUCAUGUUAACCCAACAGCAACAGAGUACGGAAUUGUUUUGAGAGGAAGCGGCAGGAUACAGAUUGUGUUUCCAAAUGGAACGCAAGCCAUGAAUGCAAGAGUAAAAGAAGGCGAUGUUUUCUGGGUUCCAAGAUACUUCCCCUUCUGUCAAAUUGCAGCUCGGUCAGGCCCUCUUGAAUUCUUUGGAUUCACAACUUCAGCUGCCAAGAACAGGCCACAGUUCUUGGUUGGUGCCAACUCAAUUCUUCAAACCUUGGGAAGCCCUGAGCUUGCAGCUGCAUUUGGUGUAAGCGAGGAUAGGAUUAAGCGCGUCAUUAAGGCGCAGCGUGAGGCUGUUAUAUUGCCUUCAGCAACUGCAGCGCCACCAGAUGAGGAGGAGCGGGUGGCCAAAUUCGAGAGGGUGCCAAAGGUGAUCAAGAGCUUUGGUAACGAAAUGAUCAUGGGUUUCGAUUAG